AAAACCUUUUCACGCAACAUUUCUAAAAUCCUAUAAACGCAAAACCCAGUCUCUGCCUUCUUCUUCCUCAGUCAAAACCCACCAUACCCACAAACCAACAGAAGCCCACUAUACCCACAAACCAGCAGAGAUCUCCUUCCUCAGCGCCAGCACCACCCACAACAACCGCAAACUCUCUGGAUCGAAGAAGAGCCUUUUUCUUUCUCACAGUGUAUCUGAGUUCCUUCCUUCUUGUCUUCCUCUCCUCACAGUGUAUAAAUACUGACAGAACGUGGCUGCUUCGGUUGAGCGACUAGUUUCAUCGAAAAUGAACUCAGUGGCGAGGCAGGCAUGGAGGCUUUUGAGAGGGCCAAGUCAGAGUGGGAGCAUUGACUCAGUGAGUUGGGGAGGGAACCAUUAUCAGACUCAGCAAUGGAGGGGGAUCCGAGUGAAGGUCCGGGACGGUAACUUGGAGCAAGCGUUGACGUGGAUGCAGAGGAAGAUGCAAUCGAGCGGCAUCGAACGACUGAUCAAGAAGGAGCAGAGGCACCACAUCAAGAACUCUGAGAAGCGCAUCUUGGCUCGCAAGAACCUCGAGCGCAAGAUUCGAUCCCAGGACCUUGCUCGCAAGCUCAAAGCCAUUCUCGUCAAGAAAGUCAGGGGUCUAUGAGAAUAUCUGCAGAGCAGUUUCUUGGUAGAAAAAGAGUAUCAUCAUAAUGUGCUCAAGGCUGAAACAUGAACAUGGACUGCAAAGUUGAAAUCGUGAAUCAGUACGUUGUUAAGUCAAUCAUAUUUGAAGAAUCUAACCAACUUUACUGUACAUGGCAUCUAAAGAAUAGGUCUACCUACAUACUAUUGUUAUUCAAUUUGCCCAAGAACACUAUUAACUACAAGAUUCUUGGCGAAAUAACAAAUUAAUUGACAUAAAUGAUAAUUAUAGAUGUUUUACUACAGAAAAGUGUAUAUCCAUUUGUAUUUCCAACCUUUUGGAUGCCAGCAGUAUGUGCGAUUGGUUAAAAAAUGAAAAUUGUAUUUCACUAUUGCGAUUAAUACAUAUACACACAUAUUUGGAGAA